UGAGUUUUGGACGAAGGCAGAAAAUGCCCGGAUUAGAUCAUAAACAACCAUGGAUCCGCAGAGAUGGUGACACUCAAGGUUGUAUGUCAAGUGCAUUUUAGAACAUCGUGUUCAGAAUAAAAGGGAUAUGGAUUGAGCUGGAUGACCGUUCAGCUGAUUGUCAACCACGAACCUUUCUUUGCUUACAGCGGGACAGUAUCUUGCAUGUGGUAUUGAAGAGGAGAGGAAAACGCUUCGUGGUGACCUGCUAGAGGGAUUUCAAGGACCAGGGAGAGCCCCAAACAACUCCAAACAAGGAGGCCAGAACACAGGGAGACCAUAAAAACAAGGAGAUUGAGACAGAACCCAGUCCUAGUAGGUGGCAGCCAGCCACCUCCCUUCUGUGGGCCCGACAGUGAGUUGGUGGAGAACAACAUUGUGAGGGAGAGGAUGGGCAACAAGAGCACCAGCCCCCCCAGAGACCCAGACACUGAGAAGACUCCGAGAGAGGAGGCAAACAACACGGAGACUGCCUCAGGAAGUGCCCCCCCAGGCCCUAGCCCUGACCUGCUAGCCUCACUACAGUCUUUGGGAGAACACAGUGACCACACACUGCUGCCACAGACUCUACACCAGAUAGCGGAGGCCUACUCCCUGGAAGAGGAAUAUCAGUGGGCAGUGCAGUUCCUGCAGCUGGAGAGGCUAUAUCAUGAGCGCCUCCUGUCUAACCUCACUGCCCUGCAGGAAGACUGGGAGAGCCAGUGUAGAAAGUGUAACAGAGCGGCGGAGAGCACCACACCAGGUGAAACCAACAGCAUUGGACAGGAACACAUAGAAAUACUGAGCCAGAUCUGCAGGACGCACCAGAGGCCAAUGCUUAGUGCGGAAAAGAGCAUGGCAGACACAGUGUUGAAAGACAACCACAACACCAAGGAGCAAUGUGAGAGGAAUGAGAGAGAAUCACCAUCCCACCAUGGAAAAGUCAGAGGCAGCAACCCUGUAAGACAGGGUGAGGAGGAUUUUGAGCAGACCACGUCAACAGGAGCUGACUCUGCCAUGGCUGAGGAGGAGGAGGGAGGAGUGGUGGAGGGAGGAGUGGAUGAGAUGGAGGCGGAAGGGCAGGAGGUGGAUGAAGAGGAGGUGUUUGAGGAGAGUCCAGAAGAGGAGGUACAGGUGGUGGAGUGGCCAGCGGGGGUUCCCCAAGCCUCAGCCAAAGACCUGGUCAAACUCUCUCAUGUGGAGGAGAGCUCCUCACCAGAUGGCCUGGUGUCCAUUCUGAAAAGGAGGAGGGCGUCGUUAGAUGGCCUGCCCCCAGAGGGUCCCGAUGCAGCCAAACAGAACUCCAAACGCAAGGUGCGCUUCAGCGAGCCAGAGGAUGGCAUGGAACCAGAGGAGGUGGGUGGAGACUCUUGUUUGAUCCUGCUGUUGUUGUGCUUAGUAACCGUGGUGAUCAGUCUGGGCGGGACUGCUCUGUACUGCACCCUAGUGGACACCUACAGUAGUAUCUGCACCGACUUUUCUCACAACGUGGACUUUUACGUGGUCCAAGUACGACACUUCCUGGACGGGCUCAGACACUGGCUGUCCAUACGCUCAUAGUCAGCACAGUCUACCGGAGCAGUAAGGACAUACAGUCAGUCGCCUGCUGCAGCAGUAUAUGGACUUAUACAGAAGCCCACCUACUGCUACAGUCUAGGGACUCUUAUGAAACCCUAGGAGGAAGACAAGCAAAAAUAUACUGUAAGACUGGUAACACUAUUGGUUGGAGAGAAUGCUUUAGGUGAAGUCAGACACUGGCUCCCCAAACUGUCCAAGGCAGGGAAUAGAUACAGUAAGAGGGUAUUAUAUACUGUAUGAACUGCUCUGAGACUGAGACAAGAGGGAGCACUUGACCCUAGUCCCAGUAUGAAUUAGAGAAGGUCAUUGAAGUUCUGGGAUAGGGUCUGAAAUAGAGUGAACGGGCUUGUGAGCAUUGAUCUCACAGGAGGCACAGGUGCCGACAUUUUGAACUACUGACAUUUCAUAUGCAGACCAAACUGUUUCCAGAACACUGCCUCCUCUUGUUUUUGACCAGAAGUUUUUAACCUCAAGAUGGACACAGCACAAAAGAGCUCCCAAAAACACAGGAACAAAACAUAGCAUUGUAAAGUAUAUUCCAGUUGGAUUUUUUUAUUUAAAGAAAAUAUAGGUUUAUCUGAAUUUGUAAAGAUGUUUAUCUGAAAAACAGAUACAAUUCAGAUAAACAGUAAAGAUGUUUAUCUGAAUUUGAAAGCCUCGUGGUAAAAUGUGGGGUACAGUAUGCCAAUAAAAAACAGAUAUUUUGGGGAUUGAAAGGACACUUUUUUAAAUUAUCAACAUUUCUGUGUUUUUCAUGACAAGUCUUCUCGACUCCUUGACUUGUCAAAUGUAGCCUACACGUUGUACAUUUUACAGCUGUUUUUGUACAUGGAGACAUGGGUUUAGAAUUGCUCUUACAUUCCUCUGAAGGUACGCAAGGUUGUUGACCACUGCAAAUGAAAGUCAUUUGGAAAGAAUGGCUCUCUGGAAUUGGCACAUUGUUAAGUCAUUUGUUGAAAAUAGAGUAAUAUCAAUACAAACAUGCAUGAAAGAUACUGUAUGUAUGGCUCUUGGUAUGACAAUAUGAACAAGGUUUAAUGUUCGUACAGCAAUGCAUUUAAAUGUAGUCAUGAUAUUCAGUACUGUACUGAUUACUCCAAUAUUUCAAGAACUUAUAUUAACUUUUUUGUGCUGGUCAAUAUUGUUAUGUAUUGUAACCAUACAUUUAGUCAUUUAUUCUAUGUGUCUAUUUUAAUGUAUUCAAUACAAAUCCAUUUCCUUGCUUUGGUGAAUAAACUUUGUUUGCUUUUUAUCUACUGUAUGUCCAGGUUGGUCUCAUAGACUAGACGUAACAUAGUAAACAAAAAUCCGGGGACACUCAAAUUAGUAUAAUAUGUUACGUUCAGUAUGGCUGCUUAAGACAGAAGUUUACUUAAGGCAAAAACGAAAGUGGAGAGGGCGGGUGGGCAACUCAAAAGUCUAGCAACACAGGGAAGGUAACUCAAACAUCUAGCAAUCCAACAGUUGCAUGUUUGAAUCUCAUCACGGAUAACUUUAGCCAUUUUUAGCAACUUUGCAACUACUUACUACUUUUUUUGCACACCCAGUAGAUUUCCAGGACCAGAGUUGGAGAACCCUGUUCUAAACCUAGUGCUUGGUUCUGUGAAUGUGUUUGAAGGAAAUCAAGACAGAAAGUCACAGUUUGGCAUUGGAAUGUCCCUAAUGACAUACUACUUACUCUAAUGGGCAUGAUCUUCUAUCCAUUGUCUGACAUUGGUGUCUGGUAAAAGUAGUAUUUCCUCCCAUAUGCUCUCCAAGACUGCUAUUCAAUCUGUAUCACUGAAGCGUUACAGAUUUGCGUGAUAGAAAUCAUUUGAAAGGUCAUUUCAUAUUGAAGCGACAUCUGCAGCGUUUACCUGAAUGCAGUCUCAGCUAAUGUGGGAACAUAGAGCCCCACAGUGGUGAUGUCAUAACACCCAUAAAACCUAGCGGUCAAAUGGGGAAAUGGUUCCAAUUGUUUUUCUAACAUUCAUUUUUCCAAUAGGGAAUUUGAGAAACUUAAAAUAAGGGGCUGUGCUUCAUGUAGGCGUACCCUGGUGUGACGUUUUGAUAACCGUGUUAAUCUCUCUCAGACAAGGUGACUUUUAUCAAAAUAUUCGGCUCUAUUUACUCUCAGUUUUAGAAAAUGCUCAUUAUAGUCAAAGUAGACAUCAUGCAAAACUACAAAUCCCUGCAAGUUCUCUCUAGCUGACACCUUUGAUUACUGGUACUGUGCCAAUUUAAAACUUGCAAAAGACAAUAUAUGGAUUGAAAUAAGACGUAAAUGGCUGUGGUUGAGUAAUGUCAAUGAAUGUUGCCUCUUAUUGUCACUGUAGCAGCCUAUGUUGUUUGCAAUUGUGUUGCAUCAUGCAAUCCAUGUUUAUAUGUUGCAGUAUUUUUGUUUACUUGUUUUCUUUAUACAUAAAUGAUAUAAAAGAAA